CAGUGAUCUUUAGUGAGCUCGGAGUGUUCUUUGGACAUCCACGGCAUCAGCUUUUAACGUAACUCGAGUUCGUCAUUACUGCAUAAUGAGUGCGCUUGGAAAUUCUUAUCACGUGAUUAAACUAUGGUCACAGACAAAGCCAGAAGGUAGUCAACCACAAUUCUCCCUUGUUCCAAAAAUAGUAAAUGGUGGAAUAGCUGGCAUUAUUGGAGUAUCAUGUGUCUUCCCGCUGGAUCUAGUGAAAACCCGUCUUCAAAACCAAACUGUCGGCCCCAAUGGGGAACGCAUGUACACAUCAAUGCUGGACUGCUUCAAGAAAACUUACCGGGCUGAGGGAUAUUUCGGCAUGUACAGAGGCUCAGCUGUGAACAUUCUCCUCAUCACACCUGAGAAGGCAAUAAAACUGGCAGCUAACGACUUCUUCAGAUAUCACCUCUCUACUGGUUCAGGAAAGCUACCAUUAGGGAGAGAGAUGUUGGCGGGAGGCAGUGCUGGUUUCUGCCAGAUCAUUAUCACCACUCCCAUGGAACUGCUCAAGAUCCAGAUGCAGGAUGCGGGCAGAGUGGCUGCUCAAGCUAAACUAGAAGGAAAAACAGUACCAAAAGUGUCAGCAACAUCGUUAGCGCUGGAACUUCUGAAAACUAAGGGAAUAUUUGGUCUCUAUAGAGGAAUUGGAGCUACAAUGUUGAGGGAUGUAUCGUUUUCCAUUGUUUACUUCCCCUUGUUUGCUAGACUGAACGCUUUGGGACCUCGAAAGAACGAUGGAUCAGGAGAGGCAGUGUUCUGGUGCAGUUUUCUCUCUGGCUGUGCCGCCGGUUCUCUAGCUGCUCUAGCUGUCAAUCCCUUUGAUGUUGUCAAGACUAGGUUACAAGCCAUCAGUAAGGUGGAGGGUGGACCACGCUACACAGGAAUCGCAGAUGCUUUUGUGAAAACGCUGAAGAAUGAGGGUCCAUUGGCGUUCUUCAAGGGUGGUGCCUGCCGAAUGAUCGUCAUUGCUCCACUGUUCGGUAUCGCCCAAACCGUCUACUACCUGGGUGUUGCUGAGAGACUUCUUGGCUACCACAAGUAAACACAAUAUCGAUGCCACCAAGACAAAUGACAAUAACUUACGUACGCGGUUCCUUCCUAUGCUGAGCUCUUCUCCCUAGUCGAAUCUUCCUCUUUGUUGAGACUGCUGUGUCUAGAUAGAGGUCCUCAUUGUUGAAUGUCUGUAAAUGUUUAAAAUCGAAUCUGUUUAUAGCUGUUAACUCAGUAUGUUUAAUGAAUAAGUGUAGGAUAUUACGAACAGGCUGUCAACUCUCUGUUUAAAUUAUUUCUUGUUUUGUUAAUAUAAAUAGGUCUGAUAAAUAAGAACUAAGUGUUCUUGUUGCAAAUUUAAUUAUCGUUAUAUAUUUAGAAUUUUGUGUGAUGAGAAGAUGUCAAGUUUUUAUACAAAAGGGAAUGACAGUUGAGAGGGUCUAAUAUCAUCUAUACGCAACAAUUUUUAAAUUCUAAAGAAAAAUACAAGUAAAAUGAGUAUAUAGAAUCCUAAAAUGGUGUUGGUGAAUUAUGAUAGUCUAGUAAUGAAGUGCUGACCAAUGUGCAGCUUUCGUAAAAUGCAUCCCUCUUAACUAUUUUGUUAAGGGAAACUUAUGCUACCGCACCAUGCCACUUAUCUUCUGUACAUCAUGACGUCGUUUCAUCACACAUACAUUCUUCUGUAGUUUUGUUUGUCUUAAAAAAUAUAAUUGUACAACAGUCAAUAUCAAUAUCUAUUGGAGUCUCAAAACUAUAUUUUACAUUGAAGAAAAAAUUGCCACUGAACAAAAACAACUCUUAAGUGACGUAAUCAAACUAUGGAUAAAAAUUUAUUUUUAUUAAAUGAUGAAAUUAAGCUAGAUUGCCGUAAUUGAAGUUGAACUGGAUGUGGCUAUUGAACUAUAAUAAUAAAAAUAUAAAUAUUCAGUUAGAGUAAAUAAAUACCAACCCUGUUAAAGUCGAAAUGUCAAUUCAGGAUUGUCGAUUUGAAUUACAAAAUGGUCAAUACACAAUUAUAAUUUACAACUGACAACUUUACUCUAUGUGUUUUAAAUUAAGCUUUUAAAUAAUGUUUCUCACUAGUUUUUGUUUUUCUGGAAUAACAUCUUUACUAAAUUUCAGUUUGUUUCGUUUAUCGAUUUUACAAGUGUAUUUAAAUGAAAUUUUAUGCAUUUCUGUCCAUGAAAAAAUAUACUUGUAUUAAUUAUUGAGUGAUAAAACUGAAGGUUAUAACUGUUGAAGGUUAUUCCCAAUAAACUGUAAUGCUGGUUUUAAAAAGUGUAAUAGUUGUAAUAAAUUACAGUGUGUAACAUUGGGGGGAAUGGAUUAAAUCUGUUUUUAACAAUAAUCAAUGUGAUUCGCCAGUUAUAACCUUUAGUAGAUGGUUAUCUGCUGAACAUUAAUCAUUAAUACUACUCAUUGUUGUGUAUAACCGAAAGUGCCAAAAAUUAAAAUUCUUUUUGUUGAAAUGAUUAAAAAUUUUGUUGUCAAGUCACUAAACUUCUAUACAUUUUUGUGUAUAAUCUGUGGGGAUAUUGAUAAUUGACAAUAUUAAGAGGUUAUUGCAUAUUAUACAAUUUUUAUGUACUGCCAUCAUACUCCCAAAUCUUAAUUUUUAUUUGAGGCUUAUUAUACUUUUUUAAUUAUUUUUUAUUAUUAAAUUUAUGUUACUUGUAUUAUGUGCUAUAUAGUUUUAUGUUUUAGGUUAUAUAGUUCUUAUGAUUGUUAUACAGUGCAAAAUUUAAGUUAGCUUUGAAUCAAAGAUGUCAAUCAUUAAUUUUAAUGUGAUUUGAAGUAUUUAAUAUGUAAUCAAAUAAUAUUAAUCAAUUUGAUGUUGGGAAUAAGCUUGUAGUGGUAUUAUAUUGGCAAGCUAAAUUUAACAGAAGUAUAUGUCAAACAUUUUGAUAAAUAAUUUGUAAAUUUUAAUCAUUUGUAUAUUUCUUUAUACAGUUCUAAACGAAUUGAAGCAAGUUUUUUGUGUGUUUUUUCUUAGUAAAAAUUAUAUUACUUUUGGAGUUAUUUUAUGUUUAAAAAAUUCAAAAAAGUGUUUCUUUAAUAGAAGAUACAACAGUUUAGUAGUAUAUUAUUUAAUAAUUGAUUAGGCGUUAUAGAAAUCAGACAUUAUUAUUGAUAUAUGUGAGACUUUUAAUUAUGUGUUACUUUGUGUUUUCAUAAGACACUAAAUGUAUGUUAACUUCUAUAAACAGUUAGGAAAAGACCAACCAGACUAAAAUGUGUAAUAAUUAAACAUUAAAUGUUAGACAAUCUGAGUACAUGUAAAUGUUUUGUCACAAUAUGUAAACUGUGAACUCGUCAGUAUUGAUUAUUUAUUUUGUUAUGUUUGCCAUUAUGUGUUGCUGUAUAAAUAAGUUAAUUAUUGUUUUAGUUUAAGUAAUAUUUUGUAUUAAUUUUAUGACUGUGAAAGUAAAAGUACAUUUUUUUGCAACUGGAGUGACUUUCCCUUAUCCACAGAUUUCUUCCACAUAUUUCAAAGUUCUGAAGUACAUUUAAACAUAUAUAUGAGCCUGUUGAUGAAAACAGUGUUAUCGAAUAUAGUAUAUGUAUUAUGAUGGGUGAACACCAUUCUAAUUACAUUUAAUCAAAAGCAAGGAUCAGUUUUUUUAUUUUGCAAACAUUGAUUUAGUUUUCUCCUUAAAAAUGUUCUAAUGUGUGUAAGGUGUGAAUAUUCUUAAUAAUAAAAAUGUUAUCAAAAAGUCUGUCAUCUAAUAUUUGUUCUGCUUAAUAUUGUUGGUGGUAGAUGACUUGAUGAGUAUACUGAGGUUUGAAUUCUGCUUUGAUAUAUGAGGAUAAUAAAUAUAUUAAUUUUGAUUUCCAGUUCUAUAAAAAGUUUCAUUUUGAUUUUGAUUUCCAUUGCACAGAGGAACUAUGGAUACUUACCUCAUGGUUAACUCUGAAUUAUCUUGUGUUUCUGGGUUUUAAGAAUACGUUUACUCAAAUUUGUAAUCUGUACAAAGAUGGAAAAAUAUAAUUGUUGUUGGAGAUGUGCUCACUUGCCUGUAUCUUCACACCUGCUCAUGGAAACUUCAAUAAAUUGUAUGUAAAGUAUACAAACACACAUUAACAUUUUUUUAUGAGAUUCAGUUUUCUGCUGGCAGAAUGAAAUACUCCUUGUUCAGUAAAAUCUUUUUCUCAACGAAUAGUUAUUGUAUUAUUUCAUAUCAAUAUUAUUUAUUUUGUACCUCCAGUGAUUGUAUUAUUUUAAUAUUGGCCUUGUUGCAUUUUCAACUGAGGCUCCAAUUUGAUUAUGCAGUAUGAAAUAUAGGAAUUACUGAACCUUAGACACAAAAAUUAUUUUUGUUAACAAUUAACCCUCAGGUAAGUAGACUAUUCUAUUUUAUAGAUAUGUAUAAUUUUAUAUUCAGUAACAUAUACAUGUAUGUGACAUAUAGAGAACUUGGUAACAAUACUAGAAACUAUUCAAAACACACGUUAAAGACAAAUGGUUUGUAUCCUUUUUCAUGCUAAGGCAAUACCUUCAGAUUCUGCACAGAAGAAGCAUUGUUGUUAGAGUUCACAAUGUUAAAAAAAACUCAAAACUAAAGAGACGUUAAUACUCCUCAAAAUGUAAUUAUUUAGUGAUGUUAGGUUGUGGAUUUUAUACUCAUAUAAUAUGAGAAAUGUAAGGAUAUCUGUUAUAUUCACUAUAAGAUUUGUUCAAACCUUUAUUGAAAUAUAGUCAUUAUAAUGUUCAUGACGUAUUUUUAGUAAAUACACUGAUUAGAUCUGAAAUCAUUCAAUCUAUGUAAUUGAAUGCUGAUUGCUACAUCUUUUAAAGCUUUAUGCAGCUACAUUUAAAUUUUUCAGAAUUAGUUUAAAUCAUGUUUGAAAGUGUAUUUUGUCAUAUUUUGUUUAUUGUAAAUUUUUCUCAUUUUUUUUGUGAGAGAAAAGUAGUUUCAUAUUCAUAAAUACACUUCCAUUUUAAAUACUGUAGGUGCUAUGAACGUUCUGUAUAAUUGCAGUAGUAUAUUAGUUGCACCAUAACACGUUUUAUUUGAAAUAUAAAUGAUUAUUUUAGAAAAAUAUUUUUAUAUUCUAUCCAUAAUUAGUUUGUUGUUAUUGUUUUAAUAUAUUACUUUACUUUUAAUCCAGUGUUGUUAAUGAUUGUAUGUGUAAAUUACACAGUUUGUUGGGUUUAUUAUGAAAAAUUAAACUCUUGUAAGAGAAUAUGUAAAUGAAAUUUCAUACUUUGAUUGUAAAAAAUAUAUAUUAAGUCUUUUUAUAAGAUAAAUUUUAUGUUACUUGUCUUGCCAUAACCCAUCCAUUAAGAUUUCAGUAAUGUAAGAGAUAGGACCAGUGUAUGGUUGAAAAUACUUGUAUACCUAUUCACAUUUUUUGUUGCCAUUUAUGUUGAACAGAUGGAACUCACUUCAAUUAAUUGUAAUUUAAAAGUAUGUAUAUCAAGUUAAGUUGCAAUACACUUCUAUGUAUGAGGUGUGUUUUUUUAAGUAGGUACGGUAUAUAUAUAAAACAAGUAAACUUACUGUAACAAUUUUAUUUUUGUACAAAAGCCCACACUUUUAUCUGCCUUUCUAUAUAAUUGUCAUCAAUAUGAAGGCACUUAUCACAUCUAAAACAACCUUUUGUAUUCUGUUGUCAUAGAACACUGGCACCUGAUUUUACAGUGACUGUACCAUGAUUAUUUUGAGGAUAUUGUUGUGGCACUGACCUUCAAGAUGCUUUUUCUGAUGACAAAACAAUAGUCAUUGAGAGUUAUAUUUAAGCCAUUUUUGGAUUACAAAAUUGUUCCUAGCAAAAUGCUGUAAUGAGAUCUUUAGUUAGUUUUGCCGCAUGUUGAAAAACAUCAUCAUACAGAAAAACAUGUUCUGUGAUCAAAAUGUCAUGAGGAACAAUUUUUAAAACUUGAGAAAACUCUUCUGAUGAUGAAGAAAUUGUGAAAAACCUGUUCAUUUUCACUUUAUUAUUCACUUUCUGCACAAAAGCAUUGGUGAUAAUUCAGGGUCGUUCACUCUGUUUCUCAUCAUGAACAUUCUUUUGGCCAUAUUUUAAAGCUCUUACCCAUUUGAAUGCCAUUCCAUAACUCGUAAUGUUUUGUCCAUACACUUCACAGUUGUGAUGGUGAAUUCCAACUGCUUUCAUGCUCAUGCUCGUACUUCACAUUUGGAGGGAUUUUUAAUUGACAUGGGUACAUGAAAAAUGCAUUAACAGUCGUAAAAUGAUUAAGUUUUGCAGUAAUUGUGUCUUUGGCUUGCUAGCAGAAAGUAGAGAGUAUAAAAGUGCGGGACACACCGUUUGCAGCAUUGCAGCGGUGGAAAUUCAAAAUGGUACUUACUUAAAAACAUGCCUCGUAUAUAAUGUAGCAAGAUAAAUGACAUGAACAAUGAAGUACAGUAUUUAUCAGUAUUAUUUUCCAACUAAACACUAAGAGUUGCAGCUGCACUGAUAGACAAAGUUAUACCUUAGACGCAUGAUUAUUUCAUCAUUUGGUGGGUUUAAGGAUUAAAACUAGGUUUGAAAAACUGAACAUAGCCUUUAAGAAGUUUUAAGCAAUUUAACUGUCAAUUAAUUUAUAUUGUUAUCAAGAUAUAAUGUUAUACAAUUUUACAAUACAAAAAUAAGAUACUUUUAAGCACAACUAAUCUCUGUAUUGCGAACUUUUAUUGGAGAAAAACUUAUAGUUAGUGAGAAUACAAAGUUGAAACCAUGGUUUUAAGCUAAAAGAUAAACAGUUAUAUCUUACUUGGUAAUGUAGGUGGAUUUAUAGUAUAUGUAAUAUAACGUAAGUAAUAAUUAAAUCUACUAACAAUUAAAUAUUAAAGAUUGCAAGAAUUUGCUCGUUCAUGUUACUAUAACUUUGUUGCAUUAUUGAAUUUUGAUUUAUCUUAAAUGCUGUUUCUUGUCGUUGCACAAUUUUAUUACAUUUGCCAAGAUUGUUAUUGUCCAUUGUGUAAGAUUAACUGACAUGAGUUAAGUUAUUUGCUGAUAAGUAAGGGUGCUUUCAAUACUUGCCAAAACAAUUGCCUUAAAUACCUGGCUAAUGUAACAUAAUUGUCCAUGUAAUUUGGGCUAAAGGUAUAAUAUGACAUACGGAUUGAAUAUCAAACAUGUAGUUAGGAUGUUGAGUUACUGUAGUAAUUGUUAAACUCAAUUAUGUAGACAUAUUUACCAACACUUUGUAGUAUUGUAGCCUAGUACUCUCUGUACUUAACAGUUAUUAGGUUCUAUUUAAUGAGUAUUAACCUCUCACAUAUCAUUUACUCAUUUACUGAGAUAAUUUUGUACAUUAGACUUUUUAACUAAGUGCAAAUUAUUUCUCCCAUUCCAUAUUCUGUCGUAUUUGUUGGUGUGUUUAUUGCUGGAUAAACAAUAAUUUAAUAAAGCAGAGUAAAUGUAAUCGUAUGAUUACAUAAUGUAUGUGAUAGUGUGAAAACAUAGCUAUCAAAAUGUCAUGUUUUUUUAAACAUUACCAGCAAUUUUUAUACUGUUAGAAGCAAAAUGUAAAAUACUUGUAUAAGAUAGUUCAUGAAUACUCUACUUUGUUGUAUUAGUCAUAUAUUCUUUAUUGUAUUAUUAUUCAUGAGCCGAAACACAUAAACAUUGCAAAUUGUAUACAAACCUUUUGUUGAAUACAAACAAAAUUGCUUGAAAAAUGGAUAUAACUUAGGAAAGGUUUAUAUGACUUUAUAAGGAAAGUUUUGCAUAAUGAAACAAUGUAUUUCCAAAAAUUAUCUCUUGUAUUUUUGAGCUUUUAAGCACAUCUAUAUAAAUUGUAAUACAAUUGGUCCUACAAGAGUCUUGAAUGUUUUUAUUCAUGUUUUCUCAAACAAAAUCUUUAAAACAUUAAUCGACUAACACUGCCAAAUACUUCAGUAGGUUUGGUUAGUAUUAUGUUUUUACUAAAACUGAGAUUUUUAGACAUUAAAUACACUUGUUUAUUUGCUCUGCAUGUUUAAAAUGAUAAGUUUUUAGUUAUUUUUCGCACUGGGUUAUAUGAAAGGUCCAUUUAUUUUUAACGUGGUAUUUUAUAUUCAUUAUUUGUGUUUAAAAGCUUUAUGAAAUAACGCAGCUGUUAAAUGGUGUUUAAUCAAGUAAAAAGACAUUUUGUGCAUGAUCCAUGUUUGUAUUUUGGUGUUUUAUUGUAUUAAAUGUAUUUUUCCAACACAGUUCAAAGACAUUUUUUUAUUACAAUUUUAAUGUGGAAUACAUUUUUCCAUGUUAAAAAUAAUUACUGUGAUUUAGUUCAUUUUAUUUACACUGUUGAACUCUUUAUGAUGAGUAAUUUCAUUUGUUAUUGUUGGUUUUUGUUAAGUUUUGGUAUUGUACAAUUAUUGUCCUUUUGGAAAAUCAAACCUAUAAACUUAUAAUAAACAAGUGUCUCAGUGAAA